CAAAGGAUCAACCCAACACAUAUGUCCGACGCCAAACAGGUCUUCUUCGAUGAUUGAUCCUGAUCCGGCAACCACGAUGCGCGCAACUCAAUAGGACCACCAACUUGCCCAACUUGUCUCAGCCCCUGUCGCUCCCGGCCCAUCGUGGACGUCGUUCCCCGGUCGCAAUGGAUCAGACUUCAGGCGCAUUCACCAACAUGACUUCGUUUCUACCGUCACCAGUAGACCUACUCAUGGUCUUUCCGCGGCUUUUCGGCAAGGCCAGCUCGCUCGGUGACAUGAUGCGCUCCGGUGGCAGCGUCAUUGCCGAGCCUACCAUGGCCAACCUCACCAACGGUACAACGGCGACUACUGCUGGCAAGUUUGCGCAGGAGUCUGUAGCAGCCGCAGUUGCAGCAGCAUCUGAGUCAGCAGACGAGAUCAGCAUGUUUCAGGCUUUCAAGAACGUCGCCAGCUUCUUCAGCUACAUCACUUCGAAAUGGGCUAUUGCGACUUUUGCUUUAGCAAUUCUCUUGAAUCGAACCCAAUUCUACGCCUCCAGCCGAGUACCACUCUCCUUCGACCGCCUGUACAUACGCCUCGCCCUAUACAUUGCUCCUCUCAUGCUGUUCAUGCUGCAGAACCUCAACAUGGUUCGGGCUAUUCGAUGCCAGACAUCACCCGACUGGUCGAACAUGCAGUAUGGAACAACUGGAAGAUACUUGAGUACAGACUUCAGUGGAGAGGGAGGUUACCUAUACCGCGCUUCAUCCAGGUUCCUCUUCUGGGAGAAUACAACAGACUCUUGUCAAGCCGUGGGUAUGUUACCAGGUGCUGCUGAUACCACGCGAGACAACGGCUCGCUUGCUUUGCUUUGGCCCUUGUUCUUGUCACUGGGCUUUGGUCAGUUCGUUGAGACCAUGUGUUGCGCCCUCCAAGGUCGUCCCCCUGUCCAGGAAGUUGGCAUGACCAUAUUCGAGCACUCCUUAGCUUUCGCCGAGGCCGAAGCUGUUGUCACCAAGCCCCUAACCAUCAACUCCACACGGUUCAAUCAGCCCAAGAACGUCUUGGUCCCAAAUGGAACAACUGUCCUGGUACCACGUUCCGGCCUCAACAGCAUCGCGAACGUUCCACCUGAGGUUCUUUUGAUUUCUCUCAUUUCUAGUAUCAGUCAUUCCACAAGCAAUUUGCUAGCAAUUGCUGGGGUGCGAUCGAGGUACCGCCUUGUUACGACUGCCAUAUGGGGCAUAGCAUACAUGGCAACCUUUGUCUGGAGUUUCCUGCGGCUGACCGAGGCCAUCGCAGGAUCCGACAAUCCUGUCGGUCUGCUACGAUUUCCUACCGUCUGCAUUGUUGGAUUCAUCCCUCAUCUCCUGAUCAUGAUUGGCAUUGCUACCUGUGGGUUUAUCUAUCUUCUGGCCUUCUUUAUCACCGUCUUGGCUCCUCCACCAGGUCAACGAGAGACGAUGACCUGGAAGGAACGCUUUGAGGUUGCCUAUAGCAACCUGCAUGCCAACAUACACCUGUCUUCGAUAGCACCGCUUACAAUAAGCUGGCACGAGGAUUUCUAUACUGCGAUCCUUAAGGUGGGUUUCACGGUCUUGACUGCAGCGAGCGAAGCUGUCUUCCUCAACGAAGGGGUCCGGAUUAACGUUCAUUCGAUGACUUUCCUCGAGAAGAAACGAUUGAAAGAAGUAUUGGAUCGCCGACGUCAAUUCAGACAGACCUUGACGAACAUACCUAAGGAGCUGAAAGGAGAGUCUCUUGCUCCGGGUGUCGAGGUGGAGGACAAAACGAAUGCUGACGCUUUAACCGAAGCGUCGACAUCCGGAUAUGCUCGCGAGCGGAAGACGCGAAGUAUGAAUGCUGCGCCUGGGGCUGGCGGUGCCGGAUCGCAAGGUGAUCCAGCUGGACUUCAACAGCGAAGAGGACGCUUCUAUCUGACUUGGCAAUUUUUUAAGGGCAUUGCACGAUUGAUCAUGCUCAUCCAUGCCAGACUGACCAUCGCAAUGCUGCAAAGACUGAGGGUAGGAUACCGUCCGGUAUGGCUCAGACGCCUCGCCGGGCCCCGCCCUACGAAAGAGCCACGCUUUCCACCGCUAGUAUACAAUAAGAGACAGCGCCGUGCAGCAUCUGUGGACUCAUGGUUGACACUAGAUGACCGGUCUCGCGUCCGUCUCGACAAUGAGUUCGAUGCUGAGGCAUUCGCAAAGGAUCGACUUCGUCAGACCGGCUUCUUGGACGCGCCGACCUCCGAGGAGUCUAACGAGCGCGUUGACGACUACAUGUAUUCGUGGUGGCGCAACGGAGGUCGAUUUGGCGACGUGGACAGUAGUAGCGAUUAUGUCCCACCGCAAGACGACGAUAUCACAAGCGUCUUAUCAUACGCGACCACAGAUAACGAUGAUUGGUCGGAUUUCGAGGAUGACGGGCAACGAACGCCCACUCGAGACACCUACCAGCGCAGCCGCGAAGCAACUCCAGCAGCAGAGAACGCCAUCGACCUUUCGCGCCUUUCGACUCUCCUCGAUCCUAAAACCAAGGAAGACCGAGAGGAAGCCAAGCUCCUAUCACGCCAUCUUCAGAGUUCACAGAUCAUGACACGGUCCCAAUACCGCAAAGCCCUCGAUCAAGACCAGGCCAAGGUUCUGACAACGUCCCGCUAUCGCCUCGAAGCUUCGGCUGACAUGACGCCGGAAGAGGAAGAGCAGUUGUUGGAGGACUUGAUCCUCAACAAGCGGCAAGCUACUGCACCGCAAGGCUCAUCAAGCGCUGCAGGCAGCUGGGACACUGGAGCUGAGGGCAUGGGAUCUGAAGGACCUCAAUGCGUUGUGUGUCAGCUCACGCCCAGGACGGUACUCGUCUGGCCAUGUGGAUGUCUAUCACUUUGCGACGAGUGUCGUGUAGGGCUGGCGAGUAAGAACUAUACAGCUUGUGUGUGCUGUAGGACGAAGGUGGUUGCGUACUCUAGGUUAUACGUACCAUGAUUGGUAUAGCUUUUGCAUGGCCUGGCGUUACUUAUCGUAGAAUUUCUCAU